AUGACAUCCCCAGGUCCCAACCCUCACCUGUUCAGGUGGAGGAGGCUUGGCGAGAGUAAAACUGCAGACAAGAUGCAUGAUGCGAAGAUAGACGAUAUCGAUCAAUGGAGGAAGCGCGUGGAGGCUGCUUCAGAGUUUGCUGUAUCUGAAGUCUUCACCCACAAGAAACCUCAUUCAGGGAAGAAGAGCCGAGUUGAAUCUCUACAGAGCUCUGAGCAGUUAAGAGAUCAUGAUGACGCUUAUAGUGAAGCUCAGGCUCUGCUCGCUAAUUGGCUGAACAGCAAGCUGCGUGUGGAGCUGGAGGUGGAGGAGGACGAUGACCUGAGGUGCUCCGGUGAGAGGAGAAGCCCUGAUAGUUCUCCGCCUGCCGCCCUGAACCACAGCAACUUUGAUGAUCUGUAUAACUGCCUGGCGGAGGAGGAAGAGCACAGUGCUGUGAACAGCUUCCUCCAGGACCUGAUGGAGCAGGAGCUGUUGGACUCUGAGGUGAUGGAGGAACUGGUUCUGGAUGUUGGACAAACAAGGAAGAAGUUCAGAAACCCAAUCGUCUCCAUGGAAGCUCGACAGCUGCAGGUGCGAGAGAACAGAGCGAGGCGGGAGGCAGAGAGGCUGAGGCAACAGAGAGAGGGGGAGGCUCUGCGGGAGGCCAGAGGGGAGGCGAGGAGGAGGGAGCGAGGCGAUGAGGCGAGGAGGAGGCAGCAGGAGGAGAAGCUGCAGCAGGAGAUGGUGAGGCUGCGGCGGCAGAGGGAGGAGCGGAGAGGCCUGGAACAGCUGGUUCGACAGAGAGAAAGGGUGAGGGUGGAAGGGCAGAGGGGAGCCAGGAGCCUCCAGCCUGCUCCUCCACUGCCCACAAAACAGCUGCUGCACGACACAGAGCGGCGGUAUCAAGAAAAGAAAAUUCAAGCCAUGAUUGACAUGCGUAGUCUCAAGUGUUUGCAGAGGCAUUUCUCUGGAUGGUAUUCAGUGGUGUUGGACAGAAGGCUGCGGUUAGGGAAGGUCACGGCCCUCUGUGACUGGAAGCGACAGCUGAGAGCCUGGCGGGCGUGGCGGGCCGUGCUGUGGGCGGGAAAACAUCAGCGAGCGGUGACCAGAACAGAGGAGGAUCUACGAGCUCAAAACAGGCAAGAAGUUCACAGAAAUCACUAAUUGAUGGUUUCCUCCAGACAAUGCCAGCUGGCUGUGGAGAGUGACCGCAGGCGGCUGCUUUGGAGAUGUCUGAAUGAUUGGCAGCUCUGGUGUCGGAUGGAGAAGGAAAAACGAGAGCUUUUGGCCCAGCAGCAGGAGACCCGGAGCAAGAUGGCUGCCUUAAUAAAUGCUGCAUCAACAGGCAAACUCAAGGCCAAAGAGAGCCCAACUUUUCAGCCAAUCAUGGAGCCACAAGCGGAACAUAAACAACCGGGGAUCACCGAGAAGGAAGGUCACCCCAGGUCAAAAACGUUGGCCCCAGACGACUCUUCCGUACAUCGAAAUCAGACGCCUGUGGGUGUUCAAGCUCAGCCGUGGCAGGCGACCCGACGCCACGCAGCACCCUCGGCCUCAGAGCUCCACGGCAGCUUCUCCGGGUCAAAAAGUGCAGCGGCGUCGGGCAGCAGGUUCGAGAACAGACACGCCGUGCAGCAGCAGAUCAUCAGCCAACAGAGGAGGCUUCUGAAGGAGCAGCAGGAGCAGAUCUCACGGCUGAGGGACGAGCAGAGCGUGGCGGAGCUGGAGCUGGAGAUGGAGAAAACUGCACAGCUCACACAGCUAGUAAUGACAGCAGAAUCCAGACCAAAGAGCAACCACUCUGAGCCCACAGAGCAGAGGUAGGCCCAUGGAGAAAUGACACUGAGGACGACUGAAGAACCCGUCAGCCUCUCCUCAAAGAAGGCCGUCAGGCAGCAGACUCGACCCUGUCAAAUCAUCACGGCCAUGGAGGAGCGUGCACGCCAACGCGAGGAGAGAAGGAAGGACAUCGAGGAACUCAGGCGAAAAAAGGAGAAUGAAAAACUGGCUGAGAUGAAAGCCGCCGAGGAGCAGAGGCAGCGGGAGGAGGAGGAGGAGAAACGCCACGCAGCGGAGAGGAAGAGGGACGAGAGAAGACAGGAACGAGAGAGGGAAGAGGAGAAACAGAGGCAGCUGAAAAGGCAACAGGAGCUCCUCUCUAUCGCCCGUCAACACUACCUCAAAAACCUGCUGCUGCGGCGAGGCCUGGCGCCAUGGAAACGCUUCAUUCAGCUCCAACGGGCCAACGUAAAGCUGGCCGACACUCAUCACAAUCUCUCCCUCCUGAGGCGGAGCACACUGCGCUGGCAGCAAUCAGCUAGAGAGUCCUCGUCUCAGAAAGAAGCUCGCGCUGACCGACUGCACCGGCACUUUCUGCUUCGGAGGAGCUUAAGUCGCUGGAAAAGACUGAUGGACUGGAGGAUGAUCCAGGAGGAGAGAGCCGAGCGUUUCCACCGCGCUCGCACUCUGAGGAGGUUUCUGCUGGCGCUGCUGGACCAUGUGACCCAGGAGAGGCUGCUGCAGAGGGACCGUCAGGAGCACAAUGACAGACGGGUGCUGCGGAGAUGUUUGCAGGCCUGGAGGCAGCUUCCCUGUCUGCAGCGCAGGGAGAGGGUGAGGGAGGAGAGGAGGGAGAAGCUGGGACGAAGAGUGGCUGCCAUCUUGCCCGACUUCUGCUCACAUCCGCUGUGAAGCCUCCGGGAGAAACACACACUUAAGA